AUGGCAAACACGCCAUCACCCCAUGAGUUCAAGCCGUCGAGCCCAGCGCAACUGACGCUGGAGGCAUGGUCGCAGGGCUUCAUGGUUGGGGCCUUGGUCAUUAUGGCCGGCAUUACCCUCGCCAACAUGCGCAGUGGAGUACUGCUCCAUAAACUCAUUCUGAUCGAGCUCGUCCUGGCUGUACCCAACGGUUUCUUCACCUUCUUUGAUCCUCCCGUCUGGGGCUGGUAUCUUUCCUCAACUGCUGUCCUCCUCAUUACAUCCUGGACCAUGCACAACAUCAUCGCAUGGAUAAAGAACAAGCCGUUCCUCCAGCCACGGGGCAACUUGAUAUACAUCAGCACCAUAAUACUCGCCCAACCAUACUGGGUACUAGAGAUCUACGCGAACUUUGCUUAUUAUAAUGACAUCAACAACCGUCUUUUUAUUUCCACCCGCCCGUUUGAGGCCUUGUGCCGCGACCCAUGGUGGGUAUUCACAACUGCCAACCUUUUCUGGAACAUCAAAUACCGCUACGAGUUCGGUUUUAUUGAGAUUGUCCGAGUAUCUCCACGUUUCGGCAUUUUACUUCUCAGCAUGUGUCUGAGUCUCGUCUUCAUUACCGUCGACCUUUUGUCUGUGACUCCGGUUCUAGCAAUCGGCGGUAUCAACCCGUUCUGGAAGUUCGCCCUUGUCUUCAAGUGCCUCACCGACACCAUCAUUCUUGACGACUUCAAAACGGCCUUGGACAAGCUGAGCCGGCACAAAAUGAGGGGCCCAGAUGGAUAG